CCCAUAGUAAUCAUGUCAGGAUCUGAUGAUGGGAUCCUGGAGAAAUCGAGGGGAACUUUCGAAUAUUAUAGGGGCUACUAGUGAGUUUGUUAAUGUUUUCAUUAAUUAUUUCAAAGCACGUAAUUUAAUGAUCUGGUGUCGAUCUGAUGAUGGAGCCGAAGCACAAAUGAGGGAACUCCUCAACGGUUUACAGUAGGUUAUUCAAGACGUUAAAAUCAUAAAGAUUUUAACUAGAUUUUUAGAUACGGCUUUAACUAACACAACACUGACUUGGUACAUAGUACGAUGUUAUUUUUAGUUUUUUAGUUUAGUAGAAAUAUUUUUGUGAUUUUGAAGUCGGUUGUAUUUUUUUAUAUUUUUUUUUUAUUUUACGGUAGAUUCGAUCCGUACGAUGCGCAUCAGUGCAUUCAUAUGAAUUUCUAUACAAAUAAUACUUUGAUUGAUGAUUGGUGCGAUGUAACCGAUAUGUACCAUGUGGAUAUGUGGUCGCCUAUCUUAAGGGGCUGUUUAAUGAAAUGAAAUGAAAUGAAAUGAAAUGAAAUGAAAUGAAAUUUUAUUUGCCUAAUACACGUAUACAAAUGGUGUUUUACAAGUAUAAUUAGUCACAGUGUAUUACCAUUAACAUGGUGUGCAAAUUUUACAAUUUUAUAAAGCACUGUUUAAGUAAUAUUAUUUACUUACAAUGUUAUAAUUGUUACUAAUAAAAUAAAUACAAUUAAGAUUGACAUUUAAAUAUACAUAAUUAAAAUUAAAUUAUACGAAAAUAUGUCCAAAUGAAAUUACGAUCUGCCGCAGGAAGACAUGUUAUUUUAAUAGUCAGAUAUAAUAGAAAAUUAUAAGAGUAUCAUGCAUUAAUAUUAAAUUACACAAAAUAAAUCAAAUUAAAAUUUAUCUAGCGAAAAAUUCGUCUAAUGAGUAGAACGAUUUAUUACACAGCCAACGAAAGAGAUUUGUUUUAAAAUUUCGAGUAGUUUGGCUCUUUAAAUCUGCAUCUAAUUUAUUGUAUAUUUUGAUGCACAUAGCGUGUGGUGACUUUAAUGUCUGCUUUAAUUUGUAUUGCAUUUGACAUAACCGAAAUUUAUUUCGUUAAGUAUUACGUAAGCAGAUUUAUUACAAUUAUUUAUCCUCCCCCACACCGUUAUCAGCAAAAGCAAAGCUCUUACCCUCUCAUGCCUACGUUAACAGUGUUACAUACUCGUAUUUGGAUUUGUUCUAUCUGUAAGAUUCUCUGAAAAUACAUUUUGUUUUCAAACAUAGAUCCUAGUUUCUGAUACCCUAUUAUGUAGAAAAUGGAAAAAAACUGACAAAAUAAUAUGUAAAUUUCAAAGUCCAUAACGCCAAACUAAUUUACCUUUGAUUUAGGUACUUAUUAUUCUCCGCUCGACGUCGAAUAUCUUUAUUGUACCUAGACACAAUACGUGUGAUAUUGUUUUUACGAUAAUCUUUAUUAUCAAAAUAUCAGAAAUAGCAAUAUCGGACAUUCGCAAAUAACCUAUUGAUAGGUAUUAAGAUUAUUAAAUCUGUGAUAAUACAUAGAUAUUGAUUAAAUUAUAUUUCUAUCAAAUUUAUAGCUUGGCAACUUCGUUCGUAACACUUCCGAUUUUGCGCGCGUGGCAUGGGCCUCUAGCGAUGAAUGAAAAACCCACGAGUGAUGUACGUCACUUCCCCGCACGUACGAUUUCACACCCGCGCAGUCUUUCCGCCGGUCGCCCGCAUAUCAUGGGAGUGUUAUUAAGAACUUGCCAGACUAUAGUAAAAGAUUUCUAUUUGUCAUUUUAUUUCAAACUCUUCGACUCUUGUAAAUUACCUAGCUGGACAAUCUCUAGCAAUAAAUAACAAAUAUGUGUUACAAAUUUCCCCAAAAGAAUAAAAACAUCAUUAAUUCACAUUGUAAUGUAUUGUAUUCUGGCAAAUAAAUGAUUUGAUUUGUAAUCCCGGCUCUACACGUCGACCUGUUUGGGUCGUUGGUACAAGCGUUGGAAACAACGUGUGUAGCCAGCCUUUUCGUCUCUCAGAAGUUACAAAAUUAAGUAGUUCGCGCCUUUAGUUAAUAGGUUAGAGUUUAGACAAUUCAAAUGAACGUUUAUGAGUCAACAAAUGGUGUCUACUUCGUACAUGCAAUAACAAUUUAUAGGAAUUGCAAAAAGCCCAUGCUCUAUUACCAUCGCCAAAUCACAAUUGCAUAGAAAUCGUGAUGCGAUUAAGUACGAUAGCAGAUAACGAGUGACCUGCAUAUUAUGUAACGAUUGUGAUAACUAUCGCACGUGUCAUUCCGAUUAGGUUAUGGUACAUUAAGUAAAACAUUUCUAGUUGGUCAACCAAUCGCAAUUCACACUUUGUUUCCAUUAUGAAUGUAGUAUAAUGUAGUAAAGCACAAUUAUACUAUACUAGCGGACCCGGUCAAGCUUCGUUUUGACAUAAGUGCACUUAUUCUCUAUCCCUACUCUACCCUUCUAUAACUCUACCCCUACCCUACCCCUACCCUACCCUACCCCUACCGCUUGACUCUUAAACGUUUGUAUGGGAAAUAGAAAAGGGCAGUAUUUGGGGUUUACCCGGAAAUUAUUUGAUUUUUUCACACCUUUUAAACCUUCCCAAUACCUUUACGAACAUUUCAAGACCAAGAUAAGAUAAAUCCGUUAAGCCGUUCUCGAGUUUUAGCGAGACUAACGAACAGCAAUUAAUUUUUAUAUAUAUAGAUACACCCAUAUCAAAACCAUUGCUGAGCAAAGACACUCAUAAUGAGAGGCAUACGGCAAAUAGUCCACCACGGUGGCCUAAUGUGGACUUAACACAUGUAGAAAUUAAGAAAAUUCUCAAGUAUUCAGGUUUCCUGCCGGAGUUUUUCCUUUGAGACACGUGAUAUUUACCUAAUUUCUUAAAAUGCACAUAACUGAAAUGUUGCAUGUACAUGCCUUGGACCGGAUCUAAGGCAGAGGUCAUGCCCAUUGGGCUAUCACAGCAUGAUUUUAUGUUCAUAAUGAUGAUGAAUAAUUUCCUUCCAGACCCUCGAGUGAGCGACUGGGUGUUGAUGACGUCACCGUGGCCGCUCGUCUCCAUCAUCGCCAGCUACUUGAUGGCAAUCAAGCUUCUGAAACGAUUCAUGCGCGACAGAAGGCCUUACGAUUUGAGGACAAUCAUCAAGUGGUACAAUGUGCUGCAAAUUGUAUCAUGCGCCAUUGUUACUUGGGGGAUAAUGACUUCGGGUUGGACCACCACAUACCACUUCGGCUGCAUGCUACCAGACUACUCAAUGAAUCCAGAAGCGUUAAGAAUGCUUCGGUUUCUCUGGUGGACGGUUAUCUUGAAGCUGAUGGAGUUUUUGGAGACAAUGUUCUUCCUGCUGCGGAAGAAGGAAAGACAGGCGUCUUUCCUACACAUAUACCAUCACAUCAGCACUUUGAUCAUCGUUUGGUCCGGUGUUAAAUAUGUUGGAGGUGGCUUAACAUCAUUCUCCCCCAUGAUAAACAAUGCGGUGCACGUGAUAAUGUACAGUUACUACCUCAUGUCUUCAGAGGGAAGCCCCGCAGUUAAAGCUGUUCUUAUUAAAUAUAAGAAAUGGCUAACAAUUAUCCAGAUGAUCCAAUUUACAGUGAUGUUACUACACAGCGCUCAAGUAUUUCUGCCGAGCUGUCCAGCGCCUCUUGGCAUCACAGUAAUCUACUUCCCCAAUGUCAUAUUCAUUUACUACAUGUUUUACGACUUCUUCCGGCAAAAUUAUAUAAAUAAUAAAUGUAAUAAAACAAAUUUCAAACAAAAUGGAGUUAAAUCUAAAGAUUAAAAUAAGUCUAUUUGUU